GUAUAAGUAAUUUAAUUCGUAGAAGCUAAUCAAAAAUAAAAAGGUCACGAUUAGUGACCCUUGCGCAUGUUACUUGAUUCCAUUGACUAAAAUUUAGCAAAGAAAGAAAGUGAAACUAAAUAGACGUGCAGUGUAAAGUGAAUGUGUCGUAAUAUUUGUUCGAGUAAAGUAUACUAAGUACAUAUUCUCAUGACAAAUCACGUGCGAUCAAGAAUGCAAUAAUAAAAUUUCCUUUUACAUCCUUUUGCUUGUUAUACAAAUGCACUAUAUACUUACCAAUGACCCAGAUAGGUUAUGCCAUUAUGAUACCUGAUCUAAAUUUUUUCGCCUACAAUUAUACUAAGAAGUACUAUGUCUGCUUCAUUGUUUAAUACAUUCACUCAAAGAGUUUACAAUGGAAUGGAAUGGCUCUAAAGAAAUGGAGGAACGGAGGUGCAUUGCUGAUACAGGGAAAACAUUAAGAAAGUAUGGAAGUACAGCUAAACAUAUGAUGAGAGCAGAGAGCUUAAUAAAACAUAUUGUUGUGUCUACGGAUACACUUCAAGGAAUUGCGUUGAAGUAUGGCGUUACAACAGAACAAAUAAGAAGAGUUAAUCGACUGUGGGCAUCAGAUAGUUUAUUUUUACGAGAAUAUCUCCUUAUACCUGUUAGCACAGACAGCCCAUUAGCUUCGUCUGUUGAAUGUGCUGUGUACAAUGAUUCAGAGUGUAAUUCUACUCAAAAUGUAUCUAGUCCAUCCGUAAUAUCGCCAUUAGAUGAUGAAAGUUCAGCUGAUGACUUUUUAGCAAAAAUGGAUACUUGUAUAGCUAAUGUUAAAAAAGAUAUUAAACGUGCUCAAGGAAGUAGUGAAUUCUGUAAUGAAGGUAAUGAUACUUAUGUGCAACAACGAAGAACAUCUAAUAAGUUUAAAGAUUCACUUCCUUCAAAUACACAUAUAUCAGCCCAUUCAUCAGAAUUAAGGCUCUCAUCCUCUAGUGAUAUGCAAAAUUUUCCAACUGCUGUAGUUAUGACCCAGGGAAGAAAAGUAAAAACGUCAUUACAAAGACUUCAACAGCAACAGGAUGAAAUGUUCCAAUUGUAGCAUCUAAAUCUUAUUCAUGUAUAAUAUUUUACAAUUCAGCAGAUGUUAUUAAAGACCUUGCUGAAAAGAGCACUCUAGGUAUCAAUGUGUACAAAACAUUUCUUUAUUUGACAUAAGUUAUUCUAAAAUUAAUAUCUUCAUUGUGUCUUUCGUGUUUUUUUGACACUUAAUCCAUCUCAUCUGAUAGAAAUUAUUGAUAUUAAUUACAUAUGAAGGACAUCAUUAGAUUAUUUUUUUUAUAUUUGGUUACAAGUAAUUUUGAAGACUAUAAGUCAAUCAGUUUUGUUCGACCAAAUACUUUGAAUUCUUAGUAUGGACCAUAUGUGCCUUUGAUAUAUAUUUGUACACAUUAUACAAUAAUUCUGUUAUUCUCUUAAAGUAUGUAAAUAAAUACUACAUCUUGUUACAUACAUUGUAAUGUGUACCAACAGACGAGCAGCAAUUGACAUUGCAUAAAAUAUUGGAUUUUUCAUUAAAAGGCACACUAUAACACAUUUACAGCGAAAUAAAGACAAUAUACUAUAUAGUUUCAAUAGGAGCUAUUGGUAGUUACAAUGAUUUUUCAAGAUAUAGUAAAAUGAUAUCUACUGUGAAA